CCCGGCUCGGCUCGCUCUGCCCCGCGGGAUGUGGCCCUGGAGGGACGGGGCCAUGCGGCGGCGGCGGCUGCUCUUGCUGCGGAGCCUCCUGUGUCUGAUGCCGGCCCUGGUGGGACCAACUUUCGGCUCCCGCCCUCGGCUCGAAGACUUUUCUCCAAGGAUAGUCGAGCACCCCUCCGACCUCAUCGUUUCCAAGGGGGAGCCAGCGACGCUGAACUGCAAGGCGGAGGGGCGCCCCACCCCAAUAAUCGAAUGGUACAAGGAUGGGGAGCGGGUGGAGACGGACAAGGAGGACCCGCGAUCCCAUCGCAUGCUGCUGCCUAGUGGCUCCCUCUUCUUCCUGCGCAUCGUCCACGGCAGGAGGAGCAAGCCCGACGAGGGCGUGUACGUGUGCGUGGCCAGGAACUACCUGGGAGAGGCCGUGAGCCGGAACGCGUCGCUGGAGGUGGCCAUCCUGCGUGAUGACUUCCGGCAGGCCCCCAGCGACGUGGUGGUGGCGGCCGGCGAGCCGGCUGUGAUGGAGUGCAUCCCGCCCCGUGGGCACCCUGAGCCCACCAUCUCCUGGAAGAAGAACAGCAUCCGCAUCAGCGAUAAAGAUGAGCGCAUCACGAUCCGUGGGGGGAAGCUGAUGAUGUCCAACACCAGGAAGAGUGACGCUGGCAUGUACGUCUGUGUGGCUACCAACAUGGUGGGGGAGCGGGACAGCGAGCCGGCUGAGCUGGUGGUGUUUGAGCGCCCCACGUUCAUCCGCAGGCCCAUCAACCAGGUGGUGCUCGCUGAGGACAGCGUGGAUUUCCACUGUGAGGUGCAGGGGGACCCAGUGCCGACGUCCCGCUGGCGCAAGGAGGAAGGGGAGCUGCCGCGGGGCAGGGCAGACAUCCAGAGCGACAGCACCUUGCGGAUCAGCCGGGUCAGCGCUGAGGACGAGGGCACCUACACUUGUGUGGCAGAGAACAGCGUGGGCAAGUCGGAAGCCUCUGGCUCGCUCAGCGUCCACGUUCCACCCCAGUUAGUGACGCGCCCUCGGGACCAGAUUGUAGCUCAGGGCCGCACCGUGACCUUUCACUGUGAGACCAAAGGAAACCCGCCACCGGCUGUGUUCUGGCAGAAGGAGGGCAGCCAGAUCCUGCUGUUUCCCAGCCAGCCCCCUCAGCCUAUGGGCCGCUUCUCCGUGUCCCCGAGUGGCGAGAUGACCAUCACGGAGGUGCAGACAGCAGAUUCGGGGUACUACAUGUGCCAGGCCAUCAGCGUGGCAGGGAGCAUCCUGGCCAAAGCCCUGCUGGAGGUGGAGGAUGUGACAUCCGACCGCAUCCCGCCAAUCAUCCGCCGAGGGCCCGCGAAUCAGACGCUGGCCGUGGAUGCUACAGCCCAGCUGCAAUGUCAUGUGACCGGGAACCCGCUGCCCAGCGUCCAGUGGCUGAAAGAUGGGGAGCAGGUUGUGGGCAGGGACCCCAGGGUCAGCCUGUUAGACAACGGGACUCUGCAGAUCACAAACAUGCAGGUGACGGACUCCGGGCUGUAUGUCUGUGUCGCUACCAGCUCGACGGGGGAGACGACAUGGAGUGGGGCCCUGGCAGUGCAAGAGACUGGGGCUGACCUCCAGGUGCAGCUCUCCGAACCAGGCAACCUCCCUGGACCCCCCUCAGCGCCGCUGGUCACCGAUGUCACCAAGAACAGCGUGACCCUGGUCUGGAAGCCAAGCCCCCAGAGAGGGGGCACUGCAGCCACCACGUACAUCAUCGAAGCAUUCAGCCAGUCCUCAGGCAGCACCUGGCAGACGGUGGCCGAUAACGUGCGGGUGGAGAAGCACACGGUGAGCGGCCUGAACCCCAACACCAUCUACCUCUUCCUCAUCCGCGCUGCCAAUGCCUACGGGCUGAGCGACCCCAGCCCCGUCUCGGAGCCGGUGCGCACGCAAGACGUCAGCCCCACCAGGCAGGGUGUGGAUCACCGGCAGGUGCAGCGCGAGCUCGGCCAGGUCGCGGUACAGCUGCAGGAGCCCGUCAUCCUCACCUCGACCACCAUCCAGGUGUCCUGGACUGUGAGUACCAGCUCCAGCUUGGCCCGGGGGUGGAGAGGCGGAGGCGGGCCCGGAAGGGUGGAGAGAGCCCGGGCGGGUGUGCCAGGGCACUGUGGAUGGUGCGUUGCUGGGGGUGGCGUAGAGGGUGCAGUGGGUGGGGGUGGGACUGCAGAGCACGGGGAGCAGCCUGGCUCCAGCUCUCCGGAGGCUGCGGGCCGUGCUGGGGCCGCGGGCGAGCGCUCCCCAAUGCUGCCCCGUUGCUUGGUCCCCUCUCCCCAGGUGAAUCGCCAGGCCCAGUUCCUCCAGGGCUACCGGGUGCUGUACCGCCCGCGGGGCAGCGCCUGGCUGGUGCAGGACGUGCCGGCGCCGGCCCAGCGCAGCACCGCCCUGGUGGAGCUGCGCAAGGGCCAGGAGUACGAGAUCAAGCUGCGCCCCUACUUCGACGAGUUCCAGGGCACGGACAGCGAGGUGCUGGUGGUGCGCACGCCCGAGGAAGCCCCCAGCGCCCCCCCUCAGGCAGUUUCCGUGGUAACAGUGGGCAACAGCACCAGCAUCAGCGUGUCAUGGGAGCCGCCCCCUGCCGGCGAGCAGAACGGCAUCAUCCAGGAUUACCGGAUCUGGUGCCUCGGGAACGAGAGCCGCUUCCAUAUCAACAGCAGCGUGGAGGGCACGGUGCACUCCGCGGUGCUGCAGGGGCUGGUGCCCGGGGUGCUGUACCGCACCGAGGUGGCCGCUGUCACCAGCGCCGGCGUAGGAGUGAGAAGCGCGCCCGUCCCCAUCCAGAUCAAGCCUGCCCUGGACCAGGGCUCGGUGCCCAUCAGCAGUGGGGAGAACGUGAGCCUGGCCGAGCAGAUCACAGACGUGGUGAAGCAGCCGGCCUUCAUCGCGGGCAUUGGCGGGGCCUGCUGGGUCAUCCUGAUGUGCUUCAGCCUCUGGAUCUACUGGCGCCGCAAGAAGAGGAAGGAGCUGAGUCAUUACACGGCCUCCUUUGCCUACACGCCAGCAGUCUCGUUCCCGCACGCAGAGGAGCCGGCCCACGGCAACAGCAGACCAGGCAUGCUGGCCAUGGCCACCAGCGCCUCCAACUACCCCUGGCUGGCGGACUCGUGGCCCGCCCCCAACCUGCUGCUCAAUGGGAAUGCCAAGGAGCCUGGCACGAGCUGCUGCACGGGGAUCCAUGAUGCCACGGAGAGAUAUUACAAUGAGGCCGGGAUUUCCAACUACCUCGCCCAGACGGAGAAGUUUGGGGCGGGCGCGUCGGACGGGCCCAUUUACAGCACCAUUGACCCUGCCAGCGACGAGAUGAGGACCUUCAACGGGGCCUUCUCGCAGCACACCACGCCUUAUGCCAGCACGCCCCUGGUGCCAUACGGGGUGCCCAGCCUGCCCUCCCCUGAUGCAGAGGAGAGCCCGCGGAGCCCCCAGCCUGGCCCCUCCAGCAGCCAGUACGCGCUCCCGGAGCGCAGCAGAGCUGAGCAGGUGGUGAAAAUCGGCAAAGCAAAGUCGAUGGGGAAGCCGGUGAAAACGCCCUCGCUGAACUGGACGGAGCUGCUGCCCCCUCCGCCUCCGGCCAGCGAGCUGAGCCAGUACGUGGAGGAGGCGGAGGAAGAGGAGGAGGAGGAGGAGGAGCUGGCUGCCAGCGCGGAGGCGGAGGAAUGGUGCCCCCCGCUGCCCGAACGCACCUACCUGAUGGAGAACGUCCAGGAGGAACAGUGCCCCCUGCCCCCGCCCCGCGGCGACAUCUCCUCACCCGCCCACUCCUACGGGCAGCAGUCCACGGCCACGCUGACGCCCUCGCCGCGCGAUGAGAUGAGAGCUGCCGAGGACAUCCCCAGGCUGCAUCACUUCGAGAUCCCGCACCUGCCCCGGCGGUUGCCGAACGGCUCGGGGGCUUUGCCCAGGGCCCCGAGCCCUCCCCUGACCCAGUCUGACCCAAAUCUCAAUGCCCUUACGGAGGGGGCCGAUGGCCACACACCCAGACACGGGCACAGACGCAACCUGAGCCAGACCCCAGCGCACAGUGCUGAGAACAUCAGUUCCCCGAGCCCAGGUAAAGCCCGCCCCACUCCCGGUGACGUGUCCCUCCCCCCGGCACAGAAAACGAGAACGAAGAAAAAGCCCAAGUCCAGCCAUUACCGCCGGGAGAAGAAACAGGGAGAUCUGCCACCGCCCCCACUGCCCCCACCCAGCGAGGACCCCGGGGCCUCUGCUCAGCCCCCAGCGCCUCCACCGGCCUGCAGCGCCUCCUCUCUGGAGCGGGACGUGCACAGUGCCCGCGCCGCAGAGCGGAGAGCUGGCCAUCGGACCGUGCUGGGCCAGCACCAGCACCGAGACGUGGAGGAGAUCGUCCCGUACAGCAGGCCCACCUUCCUCUCCAGAGGCCAGGUGUCAAGCAACUGCUCCACGACCGGCAGCUCCUCCUCCAGGGGCUCGACGGGGUCCCGGGGCCACGGCUCCGGCCGCAGCAGGACAGCCGGGGACCGUAGUGAGGAGAAGAGAUGAAGCCAGCGGCGCUGGCUGAGUGAGCGGACGCAGGCUGAGAGCAGGGCUCUGCCCUGAGAUCUGGGCUGGGCUCUGGGCUUUGAGCUGGUUUAAUUGAUGACACUGUGACUGGAGCCAGGCGGCCCAGUCCCUUGUAAAUAGGUGGGGUUGGGAGCGGCAGGCAGGCUGUGUUUAUACCCAGGACACGGGGCUCGUGGGUGAGGCCUGCAUGGGCCCGUUCAGGACCAAGCCGGCAGUUCUGCAAAGGAAGGUUUGUGCCCAGCAGGGCAGGGGCAGGCAGCUGGGGCAGGACCAGCUUCCAGCCAGGCACAGAGAGCAGCCCACCCGCACGGCACGCGUUGCCCGUGGGGCACUGCCAGCCCAACCAGCCCCUCGUGUGGGCAGGGGUGUUUUUUGGUAGCUAAUGAACCCUUUUGUAAAACAACCAAUAAAGCUGUUUGUUACCCUGGA